CAACGGUGUAACAUGAAAAACAAUCGUCUGCAUACCGCAAGUGUAAAAAGUUUUGCAUUGCUGCUUUGCUUGUAAAUUCUAAAUUGAAAGCAUUAUUUUGUAUUAUACUUUUGGAUACGAGUAUAAUUCAAAUAUCAUAGUUUGUUUGAGAACCAUUAGCUGCAAUGUCUAACAAACAUCUCUUUCUACCGUCGGGAUUUAUUCGUACACCAUUACAAAAUGGACUAGGACGAUACAUUCCACAACUGCAAAGGAUUACGCUCAAGUUCUGUAAAAAUCACGGUGGAAGUCGUGGUGUUCGAGAUUUUAUUGAAACUGAUUUGAUGGAAUUUGCAAAGACCAAUCCUGGGACAGUUGUUUAUUUGAAACCAAGAAGACAUCGUUACCCUUGUAUGGUAGCAGAAUACUUGAAUGGAGAACGUGAAUAUUUAAGCUGCCAUGAGUUCAGUAGAGCUGAGAUUCAGAAAUGGCUCAGCUACAUGUGCACAAGAUCAGGAAUUCCUGUUAUGAGAUUUAGGAAAUAUCAACACACUGAUUAUCCCAGUAUUCAGGGUGUUUGGAAUCCUUUUACUCAUCAAGCCCCUGAGAUAAAUGUGGCACAGUUCCCUCAUGAAAUUCUAUCCAAGCCUGCUGAUAAUGGACCCACUGCAACUGAUCAAUUAAUUGAAAUUUUCAAGAAAACACAAAUUAAAGAUCCAGUUAAACCUGAGCACUAGGCAAUAUACCAUUCUUCUUAGCCAAGUCAAUACAGUUUAAAUAGAAACCUG